AACAUAAAAUUUAUAUUUAUUAGGCAUUCAUAAUAUAAAUCAAUAUUCAUAUUUUUAAUCUGCUCAACAGUAAAUAAACAAGUAGUGAUUAUAAAUAAUACAAAAUGACAAUUAUAACAAAACCAAUUACUGAAAAGAAAAUUGAUAAGAAUGGGGCGUUGCUGGAGAAUGCUGAAAAUAUUGGAAUAAUUCCUCCAGUUGGUGCUGGUGAUGGUGAUCUCGAAUCGCAACAAUCAAUUGAUGAACCUCAAUUUGUUAUAUUGAGAGCUCGUGCACGACGUGUCUCCUCAGCCACAACACUAUGCCUCUUUCUAACAGCGUUAAUUGUAAUGACAUUCGGAAUUAUUGGCGGUACAUACCUAUAUCGCCAAUAUGUACGUGCUCAAAUGCAUCGUUUUCGUGGAUGGUGUAACAUACCAUUAGACUCAACAAAAUCACAACAAUAUUUACAUCAAACAAUGUUAUCUGAUUCAAAUUUGUUCCCAUCAAAUGAUCAGUAUGAUAAUGAAAUGAAUAGAAUAUUGGAUCAAGAUGAUUUCUUAAGAGAGGAUUUUGAAAUUGAUUUAGAUGAUGAACAUUAUGAAAAAAUUGAUGUACCUGAUUUCCAAGGUGGACGUAAAGGACGUUUUAUACAUGAUUUUUAUGCAAAUAAAACUGGUAUUAUUGAUAUCGAUAAAAAACGAUGCUUUGUUAUGCCAUUAAAUCGUGGUAUGGUAUUACCUCCCCGAUCAUUGUUUGAUUUAAUACAAAAAAUGUGGGAUGGAUAUUAUGAAGUGGAUACUGAACGUGUGCGAGAAACAAUGAAAGUAGUCACACCACCACUAACUGAUUUAAAAGAUGUUGGAUCGUACAUCAAGAAUGAAUGUAAAAAUAUGACUGUGUAUCAGUUAGAGAAAUAUAACUCCACAGUGAUGAAGCGAUCUGUAAGUGAUGGCCAAACAUACGUAAUGUUCGCUGGAAAGAAAACAGUUGAACUCGAUAUUAUUGAUUUUGAUGAUUUUUAGAAAUAAUAUUGUAAAUAUAUAUACAUAUCUAAAUAUAUGUAAUUUUUUGCCCAUUUUGUUUGUCAGUAGAUAAUUUUUUCCAACAUAUCUUUCUAUUUAAAUAAAUUUUCUUAUUGUAUAUUAUUAAAAACAAAAUAAUUAUGUAUAAAUAAGUAUUAUAAAACAAAUAUUAUUAUGUUUAAAUUUUAAAUUUUUUUAAAAUAAAUUUGGUGGUGAUUUUUCUAACAGCACACAAGGAUUUAAAAAAUCCACAAAACCAAUGCAAUAUAUAAAACUAAAUACGAAUUUUGAUAUUUUUAAUUGUGAUUCGAUAAUUCACUGAUCUAUUUUAAUUGUAAUUUAACAAAAAAUUAUCGGAAUUUCAAAUGUUCCAAAAUACCUGUGAACCUAUAAAUACACCAAUCUGAAAAAUACUGUGUAAUUUUUUUUAUUAAAUUUUUAGAAUUUCCAAUUUAUAUAGUAAUCCGCAAGAAUAAGUUGUGUAUUAUUUGGAAUUACGAAAUCAGAUUUCCUGAGAUAACAGUUUAUAUUAAAUCCAAGAAGCUUAGUGCAACCUGAUACGUAUACUAUUGAAUACCAACAUAGCACGAUUUUCAAAUAUUCUUUAAAAAUUAGUAUAUAAAAUUGUUUAUUUGUUAAUUAAAUGUAAAAUUAUUUCCUGUAAAAUAUUGUGAUCUCAAAAUUGAGUGCAAUAAAACAAACAUUUUCUUUAUUGUUA